CUGCCUGCUCUGCUCCAGGUACUACAUGCCAUGCCUACAUGUCCCCGUCCUUUCUCCUCCUCCUCUCAUGGUCUUCAGCUACUUAUCCGUUCUCCCUGGAAAGAUCAACAGACGACCCCAUCUCCAACCCACAAGCAGAUCUGAUCGGCCGUCCAUAUGCAUGGCUUCCAUGGGCAUGCUUACCAUCAGGACCACUCCACAUGUUUCGCAAGGCUGCCGGCGACGAUGUAGCAGCGCCGUGUCUAGGCCGAGAUCCUGCUUCCUCUGCCAAAGUCGCCUCCCGUCCGGGCCGCCGCCAGCAAGCGGCGGCGGUGGAGGAGGAGGAGGAGGUGGUGAGAAGAAGACCCCAUGGUGGGCUGCCACGGCCGAGAGGCUGCGCGGCGACGUGGUGAAGGCGGGGAUGGCGGCGCGGGAGAGCCUGAGCCCCAAGCAGAAGGGGGACUGGAAGGACGUCACGCUCAUGAGCUUCUCCUUCGCCGUGUACGUGUACAUCUCUCAGAAGCUCGUGUGCACGUACUGUGCUUGGCUCUCUAUGAUUAAUCACUAAAUUGGUGCUGUAAUCAUCGAUACCGUUGCUGAUCAUUGUUAUUAGAACAGGUCAUUGUUAUUAGGUGCAUAUGGAUGCUCUAUCUGUAAUAUAUUUCGCUCCAAAUCCAAUAAAGCCCCAGUUGCCAAUUGCCAUUGUUACUUGUACCUGUACUUACUUGUACUUGUGUCACUGUACAGGAUGAAAUUUCAUUUUAGCA